AUGAAUUUAGCAGACACUCUCAGCAGAUCAUAUCUCAGUGAGACGAAGGAAAACCUUGUUCCAGACAUUUCAGUGAAUGAUAUUCACUUGAUAUCAUACUUACCAGUUUCUCCAAUUAAAUAUGAAGAGUUCAAGAAAGCUACAGCAAAUGAUGCAGAAUUGCAAUCACUACUUGACACAGUAUUAGAGGGAUGGCCAGACUCGAAAGCUGAAGUUCCAGAUGAGAUCAGGAUGUACUGGAAUAUUCGAGACGAAAUCUCAUGUGUUGAUGGACUUUUAUUCAAAAGUCACAAGUUGAUCAUCCCGCAAUCAAUGAGAACAGAAAUGCUGAACCUGAUUCAUAGCUCCCACUUGGGAAUUGUAAAGUGUAAGAGCAGAUCCAAAGAUGUGAUGUAUUGGCCAGGAAUGUCUAAAGACAUUGAGAAAAUUGUAUCACAGUGUGAAGUAUGUGCACAGCACUCUACAUCAAACCCGAAGGAACCACUUAUUCCACUAGAAGUACCUGAUAGACCAUGGGCCAACAUUUCAGCAGACAUCUUUGAGUAUGAGAACCAACAAUACCUGGUAUCAGUUGAUCAUUACUCAAAAUGGCCAGAAGUCGUAAAGUUACCUGGACUUAGCAGUUAUGCUACCAUACAGUGUCUGAAGUCCCAAUUUUCCAGAAACGGACUACCUGAUAAAGUUCUUACGGAUAACGGACCACAGUUCAGCAGCAAGGAAUUCAGAGACUUUAGCAAGGAGUACAGUUUUGUUCAUGUGACUUCAUCACUCCAUUUGCCGCAAGCCAAUGGACAAGCAGAAAGAACAGUUAGAACAGUCAAGAACUUGUUGCGUAAAGCCAAAGACCCAUACAAAUCUUUGCUUGACUAUCGUAAUACCAACAUCGAAGAAAUCGGUUUGUCACCUGCACAGAUGUUCUUAGGCAGAAGACUAAAAACAGAUCUUCCUACUGCUUCUCCGCUCUUAUCAGCAGCAACAUCGUCAAAUGAUCUGAAGAUGCGAAUGGAAACCAGAAAGACCAGACAGAAGUUAUAUUUUGACAGACAUGCAGGCAGAGAACUUCGACCACUUCACUCAGGUGAAAAAAUAGUCAUCAAACAUGGAAAAGAUUGGAUACCUGGAAACGUGAUGAGUGAACAGAGCAACAGAUCCUACAUAGUCAAGACCAAUGAUGGAACCAAAUACAGAAGAAACCGCAAACACAUCAGACCAACUGCAGCACAAUUCAAACAUCAUCAAUCCGCAGAAACAGAAAUCUCCGAUUCAGCCAACCCAACAAAAACCAAAGAAACACCUGGAGAAAAUCUACAAGAGGUCGCAAGUUCACCGCAAUCCUCAGACCUGCCGAAACUCCCUGAAACCAUCACACGGUCAUCCACCAUCGUAACCAGGUCAGGACGUGUCGUGAUUCCACCAAAGAAAUUUGACGACUUCACCAAAUAA